UCCCCACUCCCAUUUUCAUUUAUACAGCUUGAGCAUGCUAACUGUAUGUCCUAAAUUUCAGUGGCGAGUCUAAAAAAGUAAAAAAAAAGUAGAAAAACACCUUGACAUUAAAAAAUAAUAACCGCGGCAGUUAAUUUAAGUGUUGGGGUAACUAAACAAAUUGCUAUAUUAUGAAUUUUGAGGACUAUGAAACCCUACCAACAAGUAAUGUAUUUACGCAUAUGACUGCGGGUGCUUUCGCCGGGGUAAUGGAGCACUGCCUUAUGUACCCCCUCGAUUCAGUAAAGACGAGGAUGCAAUCGCUGCUGCCCUCAACGACCAGGGAUGGGGUCAGUAGGACGUUGUUUAAGAUGGUGCAGCAGGAGGGCAUAUUUCGGCCGGUUCGGGGUAUGCCCGCGGUUGUAGUCGGUGCCGGACCAGCACACGCUUUCUACUUUAGCAGUUACGAAUACCUGAAGGAGACGAUGACUCGACAUACAAGUACAACUAGAUAUCACACUGCAAUUUACGGGCUCUCUGGUUGCAUAUCGACAUUACUACAUGAUGCGAUAAUGAAUCCAGCAGAAGUUGUCAAGCAACGGAUGCAAAUGUAUAAUUCCCCAUACAACUCAGUUAUUCAGUGUAUGAGACAAGUUUACAAACUAGAGGGGAUACGAGCAUUUUAUAGGUCAUAUACAACACAAUUAACUAUGAAUAUUCCAUUUCAAAGCAUACAUUUUAUGGUUUACGAAGCCGCACAGAAAAUUACGAAUAAGGAGCAUAAGUACAAUCCGCCGGCACAUAUGGUCAGCGGAGCAAUGGCUGGCGCCGUUGCGGCAGCUAUAACGACACCUUUGGACGUGUGUAAAACACUUUUAAACACGCAGGAAGGAGUGAAAGCCACCGGUUUAGUUCACGCUAUAAAGACAGUGUAUAGGGUGGGCGGUCCUACGGGAUACUUUCGCGGUCUGCAAGCUAGAAUUUUGUUUCAAAUGCCCGGAACGGCGAUUUGUUGGUCGACGUACGAAUUUUUCAAGUAUCUUCUCACGAAGAACAGGUUUGACGAAAUGAGGUUGGUAGCACCUUCGACUGUUCUUGCCGAAACCGAUUCCUCGCAUUAUCUAAAUGAUCUAAUUUCGUCGUCAUCUUCAGAAAAAGUAAGUCUAAAGCCCCGUGAAUUACCCGCCAUGUCCGGUGCCGGACUAUACGGAUCAAUAUCUUUUAACACCAUGCACACAGCAGAUACAAAUUUCACAAGCAGACGAAGGGACAGUACAAUACUUGAUAUAAACCACACAUAGUGAUAUUUGUAAGUAUUAAUUCAUUUCCAAUAAACCGUUGUUUAUAUUUUUUAAUGUAAAGCGUGAACGUCUUUGUUGAAAGAAAAAUAACCAAAGAGUUAUUUUCCGAAUCAAAUUCAUAGGCAUGUAAUGUCAUAAUUGCAUAGUUAAUUGUAGUGCCUUAAAAUUCAUUUUAGAAUAAACGAAAGAGCAAUUAUAAUUUGAACAUUCCAAUCUUUGCUUGUUCUAAUAAUCUCAUCAUCUUACUUUUUGGUACUAGUUUACGAUUGGAGAAAGUGGCACAUGAUCAUGCAAAUACAAUGUAUUGGUUAGUUUUCUUUGAAGCAAAGGAGUUCCUGUAUGUGUGGAAAGAUUUUGACAAUAUAAAAUUGGAGACCUAUCACAUUAGUCAAUAGGUGUUUACAAAUAUCAUGAUUCCUUUUUACAAAAGAAAGUCUUUUAGUCGGUCAUUCAAUAUUGUUGAUUGAAUUAAUCAUUUGUUACGGAUAUUUAUUGAAAAUGCUGUCGCAUUUUGCAUGUAUCUUUGACUAGUUCUCAUGGAGGCUCACCAUUUACUUUCUAUUUAAACGAGGUAUAGCAAAUUGCUGGUCAUGUAUAGUCAAUUCUUUAUUAAGUGAACCCUGUGGGUGUCUUGUUUUAUUAGUACAUAUGAUAGCUUAUACUUCCACUGAUUAUUAAAGCGUUCAACAUGGUUAUGCCUAAUAUACGUUUCCAUUUGUAUUAAAUGCACGAGAUGUUCCUUUUGAAUGUGGAAUGGUUUCGAACUCGCAGUUGUUUACCACGAAAAGAUCAAGUUAAUUUUAAAUCGAUUCGAUCACACUAGAGGAGCAAUAGAUUCAUACGCAUCUUUUCUUUUCCAAAUUAAUUAUUUGGGAGCUCAAACAUAUCCGAGCUCAGUAUUAAUAGUAUGUUGUUAUAAAAUGCUUUUUACCCUUAUUUUAUUAUAUGUAACGCUAUCUUGGCUGUGAUAAAGUCCUUAUCGACAAUUUAUGUAUGAUAUUGACUUCGUUCAGAUGGGAGUACUAUCAUAACGCUGUUUAUUUUAGCAGCAAUCUAGUGUUUCUUUGUUUGCAUUCUUGCAAGUAUUUUAACAUUCGAUUGUUGCUGCUUUCGUGUGAUAAGGGACCUUGUCACUAUUUAAAUAGGUUUUACGUUGAAUAGGUAUAUAUAUUUUUUUGUUUUUUUGUAAAAUAAAAUUUUGUAAAAUAUAUUUGAAAUAUAACAGAUGUUGAUAACAAAUUGAACUGGAAUUAUUAUAUUUUGUGUUUGUUAAAUUGAUACAAAAAUACAGACUAUUUAAUUAG